AUGGAGGGCAUGCCCCGUGUACCGAUGUUGCAGCCUGAACCGAAAAUCCCCGCGAAUCAAUAUGAUGAAGAAUUUCGACUGAAGAUAAAAGAGUACAUUCUUCUUCAUUUUCAAGAUGAUCCGAGCAAAUAUGACAACGCUAUAUCGGAAAUAAUGACUAUGAAACAGAAUGUAAGCAACUCCUACGCAGAUGUUGAAACAGCCUGUUUAUUGAAGCGGUAUUAUGCUCAACUGUUGAUGAUGAAAAAUCGUUUCCCUAUGGAAGAAGGGGAUCCAAUCAAAGUCCUGUUCUGUUGGUACGACAGAGCCAUGGAAAUCGCUCACUCGGCGACCUAUGAUGAUGUGGGGUUCGAAUUAGCAUGUGUUAUGUACAACAUCGGUGCUGUUCAUGCUUGUAUCGCAGCAAAUGAAUCGCGAGAAAACGAGGAUAGCAUUAAAAAUGCCUUUAUGCAUUAUCAAUACGCAGCCUGGCCGCUACAGCAUCUUCGUGACAAGUUAAACGCCUCAAAAUACGCUUCAGUGGAUUUUGACAAGGAGCUACUAACAUUCUUCGUAAACGUACUAUUGGCGCAAGCUCAAGAAUGUCUGUUGGAGAAGAGUUUGAUUGAUCAUCGAAGCAAUUUGGUUGUUGCAAAGUUGGCUAUACACCUUAGAGAUAGAUAUCAAGAGUGUUUACGACAUAUUGAGAACUCGAACCUUGGUGAUUACGUGUCAUCUCAUAAGUACAAGCAAUGGUCACGAACAUGUGCGAUAAAGAGUGAAAUGUACGGUGCGAUAGCGAUGAUUCACAUGGGAUGCCAAGCGGAUGACGAGAAAAAGAUGGGAGCACGGUACGGUUACUACAAAAUUGCAAACGAACAUUUGAUGGCAAUUUUGAAACUAGCAGAAAAGGAGGAUCGGGAUACAAUGAAGGCAUCCAUCUCCUUCCUUGCUGAUGUUGUUGGAAACAAGCUCAAUAAUGCUAAAAAAGAGAACGAAUUCAUUUACCAUGAUCGAGUUCCUGGCAAUGAAGAACUAUGCAAGGAUCUUGAGGGUUUAUGCAAAGUCCGACCGUUGUCAUUCGAUCCUUUGGAUCCGUCUGUAGGAGGAGAAGAUUUGUUCAGCGGUCUUCUUCCUUCUGGCGUAGUUAAAGCUGUGUCUGAAUAUGAAGAAGAAAAGACAAGAUUGAAACGAGAAGUGUUGCAAAGGAUAAAUGUAAAAGACGAUGAAUUAGAUAACUUCUUGGUUUCGCUGAGGAUUGAUGAGAUUGAUUUGAAUGCUGAUUCCACUCCAUUUGUCCUUCCCGACAUGUUGCUCGAACGGAACGCCGCCCUUACGACUCAGCCUGAUGCAAUACCGAAGCUGUUGGAUAGCUUACAAAAAGUGAGUGAUCUAGCAAGGGAAGCUGGCGCGAAAUUAAGUGGAUUGACAGGACGAUUAGUUGAUGUGGAUCUUCCUGAAAUAACUUCUGAUGAAGGCUAUAAAGCGAUCAAGAAAGAAUUGGAAAGACUAACUGAACAUCAUCAGAAAGCAAGAUCAAAUAACGUCGAACUGCACAAAGCUAUUGCUGCCCACACCACUAAUUUGCAUUUGCUAAGUUUGUCAAUAGAUGAACUUACGAGCAAGCUCGCAGGGCCAGCCAUUAAUGCCGGAGCCACUCCUGAAGGUGCCGCCCUUCGUCGUGUUCUUGACAAAACACGUGAGAUGCAGACUCAAAGAGCUCAGCUGGUCCAGCGAUUGACAGAUGAGAUGAAUAACGAUAACAUUGCGAAGAAACUUCUGUCUGAAAGGGAUUCGGAUCAUAGAGAAACCUACAUCGCCGAGCUGAAGAAGCAUGAGGAGACCAUUAAAUACAUCGAUGCAAAUUUAAAGAAGAUCAAAGCUUCCCUCAAUGCACGUUCCGAACAAAUCAUGGCGUUGGUUACUUCAUAUGACGUCUACAGUGAUGUGUGUAGUAAGGUUGAAGACGGAAGAAACUUUUACAUGAAAUUGCUUGAUCGCCUGCACAAACUCACCCUUGCUGUUGAAGGAAUUGAAGCUGCUUUUGGAGCGGAGCGAGAAAAACGUGAAGCUGAAAAGCGAUCCUUAGAGGAGAAAAUGGCCGCUCUGAAACGGGCCACUGAAACCCGUGAUGCACUAGCUGACUUCUCCAUAGGUGGAGUCGCGCAAACUUCUCUUCCUGGUGUUCCUACACCAGUCAGAGGCGGUCGUCCUCGACUGGGUGACUACAAGGAGUUUUAUCGGAACAAAAUGUCGGGUGGUGCCGCCCCUUCAGCUGGAUAUAUACCCCCACCAACGUCUUCUAUCCCAUAUCAGCCUCUAGUUCCUGGCGGAGUACCUCGACCGGACGUUCAAUAUGCUAGUCAGCUCGGACAACCGCAGUUUCAUGCAUCACAUCCUCCUGUGGUAAUGGGACCACCAUCACCGGCACCGAGCAGUAUAUCAGAAUUAACUGGCUACCAAUACCAUCAUGCACAUGAAGAUCCGGGGCGCCAAGCUGCAGCAGUUCAACAGAUUCCGUACUCAGCUGUGCCUGCGAUGUCUCAUGCAGCCCAUGCUGUAGCACACAACCCUGCACUUGGCCUUCCAGCUCACCUCCAAGGUACUGUAGCCCCAAGGCCUCAAUCAGGCCCUCCUCCCGCUGCUCUACCACAACAUUACGUUCCGCAGCAACCGCUGCCACAGACUAACCAUACACAUAUACCGUUAUCAACACACCAUUUACGAACCGGUCCAGCGCUGCAGUACCAGCAGUAUGCUGGAGCUGAAAAUGUGCCAACACCUACGGUGGCUACGCCUAUUGCUUCGGUAGAUACGAAUCUAGCGGGUGUACAGUGGAACAAUAUGCAACAGCAAAUUCGUGCUCAGACGUUGCCAGUGUCUCAAGUCCAACACGUCCCCGCUCAUUAUCCUAUAUCUAAUCAUCCUCAAGGUUUGGUAUAUACACCAGUUUGUCCACCAUGUCCUUCAGGAGGCAAUCUGCAAGACAGAGGGCAGUAUCAGAUACCGCAGGUUCCUGCGCAGCAGGUUACGCCUGCUCCUGGAACUGUGCAGCUACAGCAAAUCACUACACAACCGUCUACACUGACUCCGCAUCAGCCUUUGAUGGCGCCAGUACCACCAAAUAUCCCGUUGCCAAAUCAACAAGCCAAUGCGAACCAAAUAACUGUUGCUCUCCCUCAUUCCGAAUCACAGCAUCCUCAACAAGCGACAUUGUUUCCAUCAACAGCAGCCAAUGUUCCAAUGAGCGGGCAGACUGUUCAACAGGUCGCUGCUCCUCCACAAACACAACAAAAUCCACCUGUUCAACAACCUGUACAUACUGUGAAUGGUCAAAUUUUCAUGCAGCAUGUACAGCAGCCACCACCACAGCAACAGCAGCAACAAUUCAGUGCUUCGACAGUAACUAAUCAAGUAAGCAACCUACCACAGCCAGUUCCUGCACCGCAACCAAAUCUUGCGCCAUUAUCAUCGCAAUCGCCCUCACUGUCACAGCAACCACCAGCUGCAAGGUUGCAAACUCCUCCACUGGUUCAACCGCAAUUUGUCCCUUUUCAACCUAGCUCUAUCUCGCCUUGGCACAUUGGAGUGGCACCAAGCGCGUCGCAGUCACCUUGGCAUGUAGGUGCAACGACCGCAGGAUUGAUCUGCAAUACAUCACCAGUGCCUCCCCUGCAACAGUAUAAGUCAACGCAGCCGACACAAGCGGUUGGACAGGCACCGCAGCAGACACAGAAACCAUUCUCCAACGUGGAUCUUUUGGACGGAAUACUUGACGACAGUAAUUUGCCACCCGCCAUGAUACCACAACCGAAGUCCAUGGAAAAUCAGAACCUUCUUCGAACUUGUGCACCUUCUUCAAGUGUGUCAUCCGAAUCAGUAACACUCUCUGCAAUCCAUCGUCUACCUGGGACUCCAAUUUCGAUGCCAAUAUCACAGCCAACUUCUGCUGCCGGUGUUGUCACUGCACAGACACAACCAGUGCAUGUUCAGGAUGUGCCACCUGCACAGGGUCAGGCUCAGCCAGUCUGUCAACCCCCACGACCAGCAGCUGCAGUGUUGCCUAUUCAGCAUCAAGGAGUCGUCAACCAACCUAGUCGACCAGCUGCAGCGCUAAUGCAACCACAAGCGCCAACACCACCGCCACCAACGACAGUUGCUUCUCAGACGUCUAGAGUCCUUCCUCUAACGGAACUAACGGAUCCCUCAAAAUUUGAACUUGGCCCUGGUGAUAAAACACGACUUGAGAAGCGCUUACUUCAUGAACACAUCAGAAGUGACGAAGUAGAACAAUUUCUGCUUAGAUUUGUGGUAUACACUUCGAAUGACCAUUCCACACUUCUUGCGUCAAUGACCAUCAUCGAUCUGUGUGUUGGUCGUUCACAUAUUUGUUUUCUGUGCUUAAUGAGUUUAUUAUUAUUAUUAUUAUUAUUAUUAUUAUUAUUAUUAUUAUUAUUAUUAUUAUUAUUAUUAUUAUUAUUAUUAUUAUUAUUAUUAUUUUGUUCAAAUAUAGCUCGUAAAAGUCUCGAUUGGCGCCAAAUGCGCAAAAAAGAAUUCAAUUUCAAAUUUCAAAUAAAUUUCCGAUUCGAGUGUGAAUGA